AUGAUAUUGAAUAUCCUUCCACUCUUUACAAUUAUUUUAGCAAUCCCCCAAACUGUCACUGCGCAUGUUUCACAACUAUCCAGUGAUACGGAUUUAGACAUUUUUAUCAAACAGAAUAUUGACGUACUGGCUCACAAUGCAAUUUAUCUCAACUACUUCGAUUACGGUCAUAAUUAA